GUGCACUGACGUUCAGUCACGAUGAUGAAACAGACAAUUAUAUCGAUCAGACCUUUACGUUUUACUACCGUAUCAUACACAUUUAUGGCCAUAGGCCGGACUAUAACCCCGUAAGCGACGAGCGUUCAAGUCGCCAUUAACAAAGAGGCUUCCUUCUAGAGAUAUAAUAUGAAUCAAUCAAGGCUAUUAGAGGCUUCCUUCAAGAGACAUAAUACGAAUCAAUCAAGACUAUUAGAUGGCUGGACCAAAGGUAACUGGUUGCCGUAAACACGCCCAAUGACGAUGUGGCAAUUCUCCCACACAUCGCCCUGUGUCAUGAGCCGCUUCAUAGAUCGAGCCUGCAAUUUUCUACUUUUCUCGUCUCCCCAAGUGCAAAGAUGCUGGACUGUCUGUUUUCCUCUGUCAGCUCGACAGGCGUAGUUCUUCUGCUGUUGGUUUUUCUUUUCACUAUUCUAUGGAUAUUUACGCCUAAAAAUCCUGGAAACAUCCCACCUCAAGUUGGAAUCAGCCUGCCUUUUUUAGGACACUACCACCUCCUUGACCACAAUCCCCGCAAACAAUGCAUGAGAUGGGCUAAGCAGCUGGGUGACAUCUACAGCUUUUACAUUGGGCAGAGACUCGUGGUCGUUUUGGCCAGUCAUGAAAUCCUAAAGGAAGCCCUAGUAAAAGAGGCACACGCUUUUGGACAUCGGCCGGUCACUCCUGUUGGAGAAAAGCUUGGGCGAACGGACGUCGGACUGACCCUUGCUAAUGGAGCGAACUGGAAAGAGCAGCGGACCGUGACAGUGAACAUUCUCCGGGAAAUGGGCAUGGGCAAGGAUUUGCUGGCGGACAAGAUCAGCGAAGAAGCCGAACAUUUCUUGAAAUAUGUCAAAGAAGAAGUCGGUGGAAGAACAGUUGACCUGGAUUAUCCAAUCACGUUGGCUAUAUCGAACAUUAUUUGUAACAUUCUCAAGGGAAGCCGUUUUGAGUACGACGACCCUUUCUUUAAAGAGAUCGUAAGGGACAUGUUUGAGAAUUUCAAACUUCUCCAAGCCAUUUCACCCACACGGUACUUUCCAAUUCUUCUGCUUUUGCCUGGCGAUUUGUGGGGGUCCAAAAGGCUAUUCAGAAAUUUCGUUAACGUAAAGGAAUUAUUUGCAAACAAAUAUAUAAAAGAGAUUGAAGCAGGCACUCAGCCAAAUGCGAAUUUCAUUGCUUCCUAUUUGAAAGAGAUGCAGUCAAAGAUGGAUCGUGGUCAAAAGACAUAUCAGGACAAGAACCAGCUCCUCAACAUCAUCAUUGAUCUAUUCAACGCUGGGACGGAAACAACGUCCACCACUAUUAAAUGGGCACUCGUUUACAUGCUACGAAACCCUGAAGUUCAGGAACGAGUGUAUAGAGAAAUAGAGGAGCACGUAGGGCUUGAGAAACGCCCCACGUUACAGGACCGACCCAAACUGAAGUACUUGAACGUUGUGAUCAUGGAGACUCAGAGGCUGGCCAGUAUUGGACCCUUCAUCGUACCACACGCAUGUAGGCAAGACUAUACAUAUCGCGGCUACUUCAUUCCUAAGGGUUCGGUCGUGUUGCCAUUUUUGGACAGCGUUCUGCACGACGAAAAAGCCUGGGGUGAUCCCAUGAACUUUCGACCGGAGAGGUUCUUUGACGAGGAAGGCAACAUCGUGAAACCCGAAGAGUUCAUCCCCUUCGCUGUGGGCAGUCGUGCGUGUUUGGGCGAGAGCAUCGCUAAAGCAGAACUCUUCCUCUUCCUGUCCGCCAUGAUACAAGAGUUCCGCUUCCUGCCCGAUCCCAUUUCUGGACCCCCUGGAUUGGAAGAAAAAGUGGGACUCACUCAUCACCCUGUGCCCUUCCGCCUUCGAGCUGUGCCAAGAAAUCCUUAACAAGAACAUAAUAAUAUGUUGUCAAAUUACACAUUCUUCUACAAUGCAUUUGAACCUUUGGUUUGUAUGUAACAUUAGCCCUGAGUUCUAUCUCCUGCAUUAUGUUCUGCUUAGCUAUGGUUAUUGAUUUUCCAUUGCUCUCUUUCCUUUUGUGCUCUAAUUCUGAAGGUUGCUUCAGGGGGAAAAAUGUGGUGUAGGUGGUUAGGCGUACACAGCCAUCGUUCCCAUAUUUAGCUUUGACUGAUUAUGAAUUAAAAAACCCAGAGGGAAAUACAGUUAUCAUUCAUAAUAUAUAUACAGUCUAGCAUGCACAUAGCAAAAUUGGGAAGAAAUCUUUUCGUUAUCUAUAAGUUUCACUAUGUACGUGUUUUAGAUAAAAAGAUUAAAAUGCAGUUCUAAGAAAAUUUGUUGGCUAUGUGUGUGCUAGACGUACAAAUAAGGUCUUCACUGAUUAUAACAUAUCGACAAUAACUGUCGCUUUGUAACUCACAUGAAUCAUGUCUUAAUAUAGGGCAUGUUUACAGACUGGAAAUCAUGAAAUAGGCCCUACAACACUUUUGGAAAACGCAUGCAUGUACUGUUGUAUUCAGUUUUCUGGCACGCUUGACAUUUGAACAUUUGCAGUGUUUUUCUUUGAAAAAAGUAGGCUUGCCGUGUAUUCAUGAACUUAACACAGUUGACAACUGUUACAAUUGAUAUACAGAUCUGUGAAUGAUUCCUCAAAAGUUUCAAGUGGUUAACAAAUGGACAGCAGUUAGGUGCUUCCCUGCCAUAUAUAAAUAUAAGAGACCCAAGUUCGAUUCCUGAAUAGGCAGAGUUUUCAUUGAGUAUUUUCUUUCUGUUGGGAUAUUAUUUUAUCCCUCUCAGCUCGGGAUGGCCCUGACAGACAGAGUCAAAACCCGCCUCCUAAAUGAUAUAAAUUGUGUUGAUGGUGAGAAAACAUCCACUUAAAACUGUAAAAAAUUUUUUGAAACAUAAACAAAACAAAUUUUUUAAAUCCAAAUAGACACACAGGGCAUCAGUAGGUACAGCCCCUCUGCAGAUUGAAGGAACAGCCCCUUGCAGAAAACAGUUACACAUCACAAAAUGUGUCGUAGAUGGUUACGAUAUUGCAAGUCUUCCUUUAUUUCACUCAAUGUAGUAUAAUAAUCACAUGUCAGUUUUAAGCAUCUCACGGAUUUUUCCCACAUAAAACAGCAACAACUGACUGGUUUAUUAUUUCCUUCUUUGUACUUGUUAGAUUUUCUUUGAAGGUGUACUACUCACAGUUUGAUAAGAACUGCAUUGAUUUUUUGAUGACCAAAUUACAAUAAAAAUAGACUAUCUUCACUC